GCCUAAUCAGAAGGCAUGACUACAUAUUAUUAUUAUUAUUAUUGUUUUUUUUUACACAAACGUCAGAUGUAGUAGUCAUUAUUUUUUGAACAAUGUAGCAUGUACUUACAAUAUAUUAUUUUUAUUAGAUAGUAGAUACCACGUAGUAUAAAGUUUGUAGUUACUUGUAGUAUACAUUUUUCAGUUGUAAAAAUGGAAGAUUUGUUGGUGUUAUUCAGGGUUAUAAGUAGAGGAAUGUUGGAUAGUUUCAAGGGUAUCGCUGUUUUAUUUGUCCCAAACAAGCGUCCAAGAAAAGUAGCUAGGCCAGUUAACUUGCCCAAGGAUCAAAAAAUGUUACAACGAAUAAUUCAGUGUUGUACACUGAAUGGUGGAAUUUUUUGCUUAAGCAUAAUAAUAUUUGAAUAUGUUAUAUUGCCGUUAUUAGCAUAUACUAUGACAGUAGCAUUUGGAAAUUUGAAUCAGGAUAUUUGGUUUUGGACACGUUCGUUCCUAUCAUGGACGUUUGGAGCUGUAUGGGUGCUGCCAAUAUUUUUACUUAGCAAAAUUAUCAAUAGCCUAUGGUUCCAGGACAUAGCUGAUAUAGCAUAUAAACAAAAAAAAGGCGAUCCACAACAAUUGACAAGAAUUAGCAAAGUGAUUGCUGAUUUUUCAUUUAGUUUUGUUGUGCAAUUUUUAUUUCUUAUUCAAAGUUAUUUAGUCAGUAUGGUACCAUCAAAAACUGUUAGUACUGUGCUUAGCAUUUUACAUUUAUCUCUAUUAUACUCUUUGUAUUCAUUUGAGUAUAAAUGGUGUAAUAUGGGAAUGGAGUUGAACUCGAGGUUAUCUUUUAUUGAAAAUUACUGGCCAUAUUUUCUCGGGUUCGGUCUUCCCCUAGCAGUUAUUACAUCCCUGCCAGAGUCUUAUAUUAUUAGUGGAUGUCUUUUUUCAAUUCUAUUUCCUGUAUUUAUCAUCAGCGCUAAUGAAGUUAGCCCAUCCAAAACAAAAGUUUUCAGGUUAAAACUUUUUGGACCCGUAUUAUCUAUUACUAGUACUAUAUUCAAUCGCUCAAUUGGUCCAGCUGUCAAAAAAAUACCUGGAAACGUAACAUUAAAAGCUCAAAAACACCUUAAAUGAUUGAAAUAUUAUAAUUAAUAUAAUGUGAAUGCAUAAUUCAAACAUUGUUUAAACUUGUAAUAAUUAAUUAUUUAUAUUUUGUUCUUUAUUUUUAUUUUAUUUUGUGUUGUUUUUUGGGGGUAUUUUUCUGUUUUAUCAUAUGAGGCUGUGUUAACUUAAAUGUAUAUCAAAAUAUGUUAUGCUAUUAAAACAAAUAGCAUAUGCUUUUAUCUGUAAAAUAUGUGAUAGUAUUAAGGCAUUAAACUGCAUAAAUAUAAAUUAUAAUGUCUUUAUGACUAUGUAUUCAUAUUCACAUAAACAAAAACCUUUAAGAAUGACCAAGAGAUUGUUAACUGGUCAGAUCUACUAUAUACACGGCACAACAUAAAUACACACAAUGGGCAUGUUGUUUGUGGUCCAAUAUUACUAAAAUGUUUAUCAGUUUUUUUAAAUAAUGCAUGCUUAACUUGGCAUUAUUACACAUAUGAAAAUUACCUUCAUACAAAAAAUGAUUCAAUUGAGUACUCUAAGAAAUGUAUAAUAAAAAGCAGUUAUUUA